GGGUCUUGCGCCUCGCGUGAAUGUGAAACCCUAAUUUUUGGCCCUCCCCUGUAUCAUUCGAGAACCAUAAAGAAGAAGAGCUUGAUCGUUUUCACACAACCAUGGGUAAGGUUCACGGAUCACUGGCACGUGCUGGGAAGGUGAGGGGCCAAACCCCGAAGGUUGCGAAACAGGAUAAGAAGAAGAAGCCGAGAGGGCGUGCUCACAAGCGCAUGCAAUACAAUCGACGUUUUGUAACAGCAGUGGUUGGGUUCGGGAAGAAGAGGGGACCCAAUUCGUCCGAGAAGUAAAUUCAAGAACAUGAAUUUUUGUUUACUUUUUUAUUGGUUUUUUAAGGGCUUUUUUUUUCUGGACCUAGAUGUUUAAUGGAAUUAUGGGGCAUUGUAUGUGACUUUUGUUGGUUAAGAUAAAUUGCCAGUAAAUGCCUCGACUCUAUUUAGAAAUUGGAAAAUUGCCCUUUUUUUUUUCUGGCUUGGAUAUAUCUUACUGGAAAACACAGUGAUUGACGUUGCGAUAGUAUUCUUUUAAGCAUCGCCUGUGGCAUGAUGAUUCCGAA